CAGAAAAAAUCGAAGACUAUACCACAAUACAGAAAGCAAUAGAAGAUACAAUAAGUGCAAAACUUCAAGAACUCCCUAAAAGGCCAAAUUUAAUUUCAGAAGAGAUACAAAAUAUCCUAACCUUUGAACUACCAAUUAAAAAAAGGUCUCAAACAACUGCUAUA